AUGGACAAACCCAUCCCCCCCCUCUACGCCUGCUACCUCCUCCGUUCCGUCCCCAAACCAGCUGCCCUCUAUAUCGGCUCCACGCCCCAUCCUCCACGCCGUCUUGCCCAGCACAAUGGCGUCGCUAAAGGAGGGGCCAAAAAGACUGCCAAUGAUAAGAGACCGUGGGAGAUGGUCAUCGUUGUCGAAGGCUUUAUGAGUCGUGUGUCUGCCUUGCAGUUUGAAUGGGCAUGGCAACACCCCCACGACUCUAGACACACCGCCACGGAACCAGGCCAAAUCACAAAACGCCGUGGUCGCCGAUCCCUAACGGCCAUCCUGGGCGACCUGCACCGGCUACUACUGUCCACCGGCUUCUGCUCCGCCCCACUCGCAAUCCGCUUCUUCGCGGCCGAUGUCUAUCGCGCCUGGACGAUGUGGAUCGACCGUGAUGGGCGCGCCUUACCGCCUCAAAUGAAGACCAUCCCGGAUGGGACUUGUCCGGUUGGGCCUGGGGGCGAAGGUGGAAGAGUCGGCUGUGUUGAUGCUAUCCCUGUCGACUCGUCCCCCAUCCAUGAUUACCUCGAGAAGGCGCAUUUCCUACUCGAUGAUCCGGAGCAUCUGCAAUGUCGGAUCUGCCGGGAGGUAGUAAAUCCACUAGGAGAACGCAUUGUCGUCUGUCCGCAGCCGCACUGCCACGGUAUCAGCCAUCUAUUAUGUCUAUCGGCGAGGUUUCUACAUGCGAUGCAGGAUCGAGACCAGCUCGUUCCGACGGAAGGGGACUGUCCGGCGUGCCAGGAGACUGUGUCAUGGCCGCUCAUGAUGAAGGAACUGACUCUUCGGACACGAGACGCCAAAACCGUGCAGAAGAUCUUGCGCAAGCGGAAGAAACAAUCCUCCCGCCAGGCUAACUCACGGGCGACCUCCGUGCCCGCGGAAGAGCCUAAGAACCCACUUCCUCCAGACGACGUCCCCUUGGCCGACGACUGGACCGAGCAACUAGCCGUUGACUCGGACUCCAGCAUCGAACUCCCUCCCCCAAGCCAACGCACCGAGAUUGUCAUCUCGGACAGCGAAUGA